AUGAAGUUCUCCACCCCAACCCUUUUGGCUAUUUUGGCUACUUCUGCCGUCGUUGGUGCUGCUCCAACCACCAUCUCCGAGGCAAACACCGCUGGUUUGAUCAAGAAAUCCGACAUCUCUGAUGCUUUGAGCAUCAUCGAGGAGUUGGGCCAGUUGAAUCAAAAGAGAGCUUUCGUCGAGGACGAGAAUGAGCUUUUCGAGCUUUCCAAGAGAGCUGACUCUUUGCUUGGUCAGUUGAUUACCACUUUGACCAACUCUGGUAUCAUUGGUGACGUUUGGCACUUUUUGACCACCGACUCUCAGUUGAGAACCACUCUUAUCAACGUGACCAAGAAGGCCUUCUCUGCUGCUCUCACUUACGGUCCAUCUGUCGUUAAGGCCAUCUACAACUCCGGCUACAUUCAAAAGUUCUUCAACCUUCUCUACACCGACAGUCUGUUGAGAACUACCCUUUUCUCUGUCGCUAAGACCAUCUUCGGUUCUGGUUUGAACUUGUUGAAGGCUUUCCUCGCUACCAAGGAUGGUUCUACUGCCACCAACACUGCUGCUGCUCCAGCUUCCACUCCUGCUGCAAAGAGAGAGGAGACCCUCGACUUCGACCCAGAGUUGUACUACGACAAGAGAGAUGCUUUGACCAUCGCCCAGUCUGUCUACAACGCUAUUAAGCUGACUGGUAUUGUCCAGGGUCUUGUUACCAAGGCUUUGGCUGACCCAAAUGCUACUAUUUCUUUCUUGACCUCUGCUCUUAAGAACGGUUUGGUUGUUGUUGAGGACAUCUACUCUUGGGCCAAGACCUCCGGUGUUUUGGACUCUGCUGUUAACUUCCUCAAGACUGACGGUGUUAAGUACGCUAAGGCUAUUGCCACCUUCCUCGGUAACAAGAUUGUUAACGGUUCUGCCACUGUCAAUGAUGUUGACAAUGCACCAGGUGCUACUACCACCACCACUGCUGGUACCGGCGCUGCAAGUGGUACUCAAGCUAAAAGAAGACUUUACUAA